CUUGCGCAUUGACGGUUCCUUUCAGCAGCCGGGGCGGAGUGGACGGACGCAUAGGAGCGGGGAGAGAGUGGAGCGAUGCGGCGGGGCCAGGAGCGGCGGGACCUGCGGCUGCUGUAGAGAGAGGAGCGGCCUCCCCGUCACCCCGAGUCAGGAUUUCCGCAGAACUAUGUACCUCUGGACCAGUGGCUUCACGUCUCGGUGCCUCUCCCCUGAUUGCCGCGUGUUCAGAUUAGACUUCUAAUAUCACACCAGCUGCUCGCCAGACACAUGGUGAAUUGCUCUCAUUCCCAGGAUUGCAUCUUUCACGGCCAAGCCCUCUCCAGUUUUGUUCACAGAAGAGACGACCACGAGGAUCUAAUCCCUGCCGGAACUGUAACUUGCUGCCCGCCAGUUCGCCUCUCCCCCUAGUGUGUGCUCCAGCGCCCCCUAGCCAUGGAGCAAGGACCGGAUUAUUGGGUGGCCCAGAUACAACAGAAGGAUGUGAAUAAAAGGCUCCAAGUGGGACCAGACCUGAUAGAUUACUUUUCAGAUAGGCAGAAAUCUGCGGACCUUGAACAGGACCAGACUCUGCUGGACAGGAUGGUUGAUGGAGUCGCUACGUCCUGGGUGAACUCCAGUAAUUAUAAGGUCGCUCUCCUGGGAAUGGAUAUGUUGACUGCGUUAGUCACACGUCUGCAGGAUCGAUUCAAAUCUCAGAUUGGAACAGUUCUGCCAAGUUUGAUUGACCGAUUGGGGGACGCAAAAGACUCGGUGAGAGAUCAGGAUCAGGCGUUACUUGUAAAGAUAAUGGAGCAGGCGUCCAGCCCGCAGUAUGUCUGGGAUCGGAUGCUUGGAGGAUUUAAACACAAGAAUUUCCGCACUCGGGAAGGCGUCUGCCUCUGCCUUAUUUCCACCCUUAAUUUAUAUGGAGCAAACAGCCUGACGCUGAGCAAGAUUGUACCUCAUAUAUGUAACCUGCUCGGGGACCCAAAUAGCCAGGUCCGAGAUGCAGCAAUAAAUUGCUUAGUAGAAAUCUACAGACACGUAGGCGAACGUGUGCGCGCCGACCUCAGCAAAAAAGGGCUGCCCCAGUCUCGACUGAAUGUGAUUUUCACCAAAUUUGACGAGGUCCAGAGAUCGGGGAACAUGAUCCAGUCGUCGUUGGAUAAGAACUUUGACGAUGAAGAUUCUGUUGAUGGAAACCGACCGUCAUCCGCCAGCUCCACCGCUUCCUCCAAAGUGCCGCCACCUGCCCGUAAACCGGUGACCAUGGGGACGGCUCGGAGGCCGGGGGCAACAGUAGCGGCUGCCAAACCUGGAGGAGCCAAGGAAGGUGCAGGAGGGGUGGACGAGGAAGACUUCAUCAGAUCCUUUGAGGAUGUCCCCACGGUGCAGAUCUACUCCGCCAGAGAUCUCGAGGAGCAAAUCAAUAAAAUUCGGGAAAUCCUGUCGGAUGAUAAGCACGAUUGGGAGCAGAGGAUCACAGCGCUUAAGAAAAUCCGAUCUCUGCUCAUGGCCGGCGCUGCAGAAUACGAAAGCUUCUUCCAACACCUGCGCCUGCUUGAUGGAGCGUUCAAGCUUUCCGCCAAGGACUUGCGUUCCCAGGUGGUUCGAGAAGCCUGUCUCACCCUGGGGCACCUCUCCUAUGUGCUGGGGAAUAAGUUUGACCAUGGAGCUGAAGCUAUUAUGCCUACGGUUUUCAACUUAGUUCCAAACAGUGCCAAAGUCAUGGCGACCUCUGGCGUGGUGGCCAUUCGCCUAAUCAUACGUCAUACACAUGUCCCAAGGCUAAUACCGAUCAUUACAAGUAACUGCACCUCCAAGUCUGUAGCGGUUCGAAGGCGUUGUUACGAAUUUUUGGAUCUACUUCUACAAGAAUGGCAGACGCACUCACUGGAAAGGCACAUAUCAGUGUUAGCAGAAACCAUCAAGAAAGGAAUCCACGAUGCCGACUCCGAAGCCAGGAUAGUCGCACGAAAGUGUUACUGGGGUUUCCACAGUCAUUUCAAUCGAGAAGCCGAACAUUUAUUCCACAAUUUGGAGUCCUCCUACCAGAAGGCCCUUCAGUCUCAUCUCAAGAGCUCCGACAGCAUCGUCUCCCUCCCUCAGUCAGACCGCUCUUCAUCCAGCUCCCAGGAAAGCCUAAAUCGUCCCCUGUCCACCAAAAGAAGCCCCCCUGGAAGUUCAGCAUCCAGAGUCAGCACAACGGUAGUGAAGUCUGUGGCCACCCCCGGCUCCCUGCAGCGAUCCCGCAGCGACAUUGAUGUGAAUGCAGCCGCCAGCUCCAAAUCCAAAGUAGCGUCAUCCACCACAUCCGCGCCCUUCAGCUCCGCCGCUGCAUUGCCCCCCGGCUCUUAUGCGUCUCUAGAUGGUCCCACUGCUAAAUCUGAGGGACGGAUCCGCACCAGGAGGCAGAGUUCGGGAAGCACGAGCGGCACCACCUCCGCUCAGCCGGACACCCGGGGCCGCAGCCGAGCCAAGAUCGUGUCGCAGUCCCAGCCCGGCAGCCGCUCCAGUUCUCCCGGCAAAUUGUUGAGCAGUGGAUACGGUCUAGCCACCAGCGCCCAGAGGGUCCCUCAGAUCCCCACCUCUGAGAAGAGAAGCAAGAUCCCGCGGAGCCAGGGCUGCAGCCGCGAGACCAGCCCCAGCAGGAUAGGACUGGCCCGGAGCAGCCGCAUCCCCCGACCCAGCAUGAGUCAGGGGUGCAGCCGCGACACCAGCCGAGAGAGCAGCCGGGAUACCAGUCCCGCCAGGGGCUUUGCACCGCUUGCCUCUCGACGUCAUUCCAGGUCCACUAGUGCGCUCUCCACCUCAGAGUCUGUGGGGCAGUCAGAUCGCUAUGGGAUCGGCCAGUCGGGGAGAUUACCGUCCUCCGUGAACGCCAUGAGGGUGCUGAGCUCCAGCACGGACCUGGAAGCCGCCGUAGCCGAUGCUCUGCUGCUGGGAGACCCCAGGAAUAAGAAGAAGCCGGUGCGGAGACGCUACGAGCCGUACGGGAUGUAUUCUGAUGACGACGCAAACAGCGACGCCUCCAGCGCUUGCUCAGAAAGGUCUUAUGGUUCCAGAAACGGCGGGAUCCCUCACUACCUGCGCCAGACGGAGGAUGUGGCGGAGGUCCUGAACCACUGCGCCAGCUCCAAUUGGUCCGAGAGGAAAGAGGGUCUGAUCGGCCUCCAGAACCUGCUGAAGAGUCAGCGAACGCUCAGCCGCGUGGAGCUGAAGAGGCUUUGUGAGAUCUUCACUCGGAUGUUUGCAGACCCGCACAGUAAGGUGUUCAGCAUGUUCCUGGAAACCUUGGUGGAUUUUGUCAUCAUCCAUAAGGAUGAUCUCCAGGACUGGCUCUUCAUAUUACUCACUCAGCUCCUGAAAAAGAUGGGUGCCGACCUGCUGGGUUCUGUGCAAGCCAAAGUACAGAAGGCCCUGGACGUGACCAGGGAUUCCUUCCCGUUCGAUCAGCAGUUUAACAUUCUGAUGAGAUUCAUCGUGGAUCAGACUCAGACUCCGAACCUUAAGGUGAAAGUCGCCAUUUUGAAAUACAUCGAGUCGCUCGCCCGGCAGAUGGACCCAACGGAUUUCGUGAACUCCAGUGAGACGCGACUCGCCGUCUCCCGAAUCAUCACAUGGACGACAGAACCAAAGAGCUCAGAUGUAAGGAAGUUUGCUGGAUUAUGACACAGAAAACCUAAACUCUGAUGAAAUCUACAGCUCCCUCCGCGGAGUCACUGAAGCCAUAGAGAAAUUCAGCUUCCGCAGCCAAGAAGAUCUCAAUGAACCGGUUAAGAGGGAUCCGAGGAAGGAUGGCGAUCUGGUCUCCCGGGAAGCUGGAAUGGCGUCUCCAGUCAAUGACAUCCGUGGUGGAUCAGACAUGGUGGAAGGAGGCCGGAUGGCGCUUGAUAACAAGACUUCAUUACUGAACACUCAGCCGCCACGGGCGUUUACAGGGCCGCGUGGGCGAGACUACAGCCCCUACCCGUACACAGACUCAAUCAACAAUUACGACAAAACUGCCCUGAAGGAAGCCGUGUUUGAUGACGACAUGGACCAGCUACGCGAUGUCCCCAUUGACCACUCGGACCUGGUUGCUGACCUCUUAAAGGAACUGUCCAACCACAAUGAGCGGGUGGAGGAGAGGAAAGGAGCCCUGUGUGAGCUGCUGAAGAUCACCCGAGAGGACAACCUGGGAGUGUGGGAAGAACAUUUCAAAACCAUCCUCCUCCUCCUCCUGGAGACGCUCGGAGACAAAGAUCACGCGAUUCGGGCGCUGGCAUUAAGGGUUUUGCGGGAAAUCCUGAGGAACCAACCAGCGAGGUUUAAGAAUUACGCUGAGCUGACAAUCAUGAAGACGUUGGAGGCGCACAAGGAUUCUCACAAGGAGGUUGUCAGAGCAGCAGAGGAAGCGGCCUCCACCCUGGCGAGCUCCAUACACCCAGAGCAAUGUAUUAAAGUCCUGUGUCCCAUCAUCCAGACGGCAGACUACCCCAUCAACCUCGCCGCCAUUAAAAUGCAGACAAAGGUCAUCGAGCGCAUCUCAAAGGAGUCUCUGCAUCAGAUCCUGCAGGACAUCAUCCCCGGCUUAUUACAGGGCUACGACAAUACAGAAAGCAGCGUCCGUAAAGCGAGCGUCUUCUGUCUUGUAGCCAUUUACUCUGUGAUCGGAGAAGAACUGAAACCUUACCUUGCACAGCUCACUGGCAGUAAGAUGAAACUUUUGAACUUGUACAUUAAAAGGGCGCAGACUACGAACAGCAACAGCAGCUCGUCCUCCGAUGUCUCCACACACAGUUAGGGGCAUCGUUCUGUCCUUGGGGCGGCUUCUAGAAAGCGGCGGCAGAGAGUGUUCGCCAGCACCUCCAAUACGCAGGACGCGCCCAGUGACGGCAGCGGCGGCAGCAGCGAUUAACACUAAUAGAACUGACAACUUCUGUCGAAGGAGUUUUAUUAGUCCAGAGAAUGGCGUCUCUCGUUCAUUUGAUGAAAUUUCCCAAAACAAAAGUAAACAAACAAAAAAUACGCCCCUUUCCAGAGCGGAGAAUGAAGACGCCAUCAGCCCCGCCUCUCGAGUCGUUGCAAUCAGUAUUUUAUUUAACUAAAAUGUAUGUGAAUUAUUUUUUCUUUUCUUUUUUUUCUGAACUGAAUGUAGAGAUUUCUGACCCAGUGAUGAUCCCCCAUGAGGAACGAGCGUUCAGCGUCUGGCGUUGCAGGCGCCAUUGGUUUUUCAGUCUUGGCUUUUUCUCUUUUCUGUUUUUGUUUCUUUUUUUGCUGUUUUAUUCUGUAAAUAUUCAGCGAGCUCAUUUUACUGCUGCCGGUGAUGUCUCCCCCCAGAGGGAGCUGGUUACACAGUGUUCGGCUCAAACACAUUAAAACGAUUUCACAUUCAGCCAGUGGACAAGACCUUAUUUAUAUGUCUCCAUUCUUCCCAUAGUCCUCCAGCUUGUGACGUUUUUUCCAGCCUAAGGUGCCAUGUUUUCUGCACAGGUAGAGUUUGGACAGAGGGUUCAGCAGUGGAAGCGCCAUUUUAUGAUUUCAGAAAAUACGUCUGUGUCCGACGUCAGAGCUUCAAAGUUUUUAACCAUGUUUUCUUUUAACCUGAUCUCAUUGGUGACGAGACUCCCGGUGUCAGGACGUUUUUACGUUGUCAACCUUUUGCUGUGAGUUAAGCUCUGGCUCCUUCCUGUCGAAGGUUUAAUCGUUGUUGUUUUAGUCUUAGUCAGAGUUUUUCUCCUGUAUUGGACUCUAUGGGCAGAGAUGCUUUUCUGCAGGAUCUUGAUGAAGUGCUCAGAUGAGGCAUAAGAUGGUUUCAGACAUUCACAUCACAUAUUCAUUGUUUCCUUCAUGGUCCCAAUGAAAGCUGAUGAUGAUGAUGCCGCCACAUAGUUCAUUCUAAUCUGUUACCUGGUCACCAUUUACACAGCCCAGACUGAACGUCUGGUUGACCUCAGCUCCUCUUGUGCCACCAUCUUGUGUAUCCAUCACUUGAGGAUUGUUAAGUCUUUACUUUGUUUUCUUGAUUUAUUUAUAAGAUAUUUAAUCCCCGUGUAUAUAAAAAAUGCUCCACAUUGUCCUUGUGAGACUGAGAGGUGCCUGCCCUGUAUGUAUGAUGCUUCAGUGGAAGGUGCAGAAUGUCUGUUCGGAACAUGAUCUUACUCUACCGCUCUUCAGUGCUUUGGGCACGUUGUAUAUGUAUCUUUAUAGCCUAUUGUUAUGCCCGACACCCCCCUCCGCAACACAGAUGGAGCGCAUCUUGGUGUUUAAUCAGUCUUGGAUUGCUGUGCUUGAUCCUUAUUGACUGUUAGGUGUAACUGUGGCGGCCACGUGCCUCCACUGGCCGCGCUCCUGCGUACAUGUCAGAAGUGGCUGUUGGUCUUAUGAAUUAAUACUGUAAGGAUUUUUUUAUUUUCUUUUGUGGCCUCUUAUUUUAUCCAGCUGAAUGCAGCAUCACAAAAAAAUAAAAGUAACAGAACGAGCUCAUCAGUCGCUCAGACCACGAGUUGCCCAUGUGACCUUAGAGGCCGGAGUCACAAUGCUUUAUAACUAAUGGAAAAUAAUCCACUCCAAGCAGAAAGAUAAGAAAAGCUUUAAAACCAAACUCCACCUUGCAGUCCUAUAGUUUCUUAGUAAUGCGGAGUAGUAGUGGCAUGUGUCCCCGCCCACGGUCAGGUGCUCUGAGUGUCGCUACUAAUAACCUGUUCCUAGCUCCAUUGCCUAUUCUCACUUGUCCCCCCUUUCCCCCUAACAGCGUCAUCGCACCCUAUGUAUUUUGUACAGAGCCCCUAGGAAUUGGAGACACGGUCCAGUCUCUGGCGGGGUCACCAUUGCAUCGGUGGGGGAGGCUCCAGCACCACAUUUUACAGAGCAGAGUUGAGGAGUACAUGGGGUUAAUGUGCAUGGAUUAUAUCUCUGUAUUUAUAUCUGGAUUGUUCACUUUCCCCGUGUAUCAUGACAAUUGUACAGAUGUUUUGUUUUUUUUUUCCCUUUUGUUUUUUUUUUUUUGUUGCAUUAACCUGUAUGUGAUUAGAAUUUGCUAUAAAAGAAAACAAGAAGAAAAGAAAAAAAAAUCCUGAGUUUGCUUUAGAAUAAAUUCAAUUUAUGUUUA